GCAAUCUCCCAUCCUAGACCAUCUCCAGUGUCAAUGUCAAAUGAUCCUGGAUCAGCUGUAUACGCUCGAUCUACCUCUAAAAUCCACUCAGACGGGAGGAGAAAACCUAGACUGGGAUAAGGAAGGCGGCGAGAAAAGUCCCCUAAUGAGGAUAGAAAUCACUCACACAGCACAACUGUUUCCAGAAUGAAUUCCCUUACAGGACGGACCGCGUCGCUUCUCUUAAGACGUGCUGCGACAGCGGCUGGUGUGCCCUCUUUUCAGGCGGUGAGGGUCUGCCAUGGCGAGGCGAGUCGCAAACGCACCGUUAGCACCAAGAAGCGCGGCUAUGACAUCACCAGGAACCCUCACCUGAACAAGGGAAUGGCGUUCACCUUAGAGGAGCGCUUACAGCUGGGCAUCCACGGCCUGCUUCCCCCUUGCUUCCUGUCCCAGGAUGUCCAAGUGCUCCGUGUCAUGAAGAGCUAUGAAACACGCUCGAAUCCUCUGGACAAGUACAUCCUGCUGAUGACGCUGCAGGACAGGAACGAGAAGCUGUUCUAUCGAGUGCUGACCUCUAAUAUCGAGGAGUUCAUGCCAAUCGUGUACACGCCCACUGUGGGCUUGGCCUGCCAACAGUACGGCCUGGCCUUCAGGAGGCCGCGAGGACUCUUCAUCACCAUUCAUGACAGAGGCCACAUUGCCACCGUGCUCAACUCCUGGCCUGAAGAGGACAUUAAGGCGAUCGUGGUGACAGAUGGCGAGCGAAUUCUCGGCCUGGGCGACCUGGGCAGCUACGGCAUGGGCAUUCCCGUCGGGAAGCUGGCACUCUACACGGCCUGUGGCGGAGUACGGCCGCAACAGUGCCUUCCUGUGUUGUUGGAUGUGGGCACAGACAACCAGAACCUGCUCAAUGACCCCCUGUACAUCGGCCUGAAGCACAAAAGGAUCCGGGGAAAGGAAUACGACGCACUUGUCGACGAGUUCAUGCAGGCGGUGACGGACAAGUACGGCAUGAGCUGCCUGAUCCAGUUUGAAGACUUUGCCAACAGCAACGCUUUCCGCAUCCUCAACAAGUACAGGAAUCGUUACUGUACCUUCAACGACGACAUCCAAGGCACGGCCUCUGUCGCGGUCGCCGGGAUCUUGGCGGCUUUGAAGAUCACCAAAAACAAACUGCUAGACCACACCUUCGUUUUCCAGGGCGCCGGCGAGGCUGCUUUGGGGAUCGCUCACCUGCUGAUAAUGGCCAUGGCCAAAGAGGGCGUGUCCCGGGAAGAAGCCGCCAAAAGGAUCUGGAUGGUGGACUCCAAAGGUCUCAUCGUCAAGGGGAGAAGUCAUCUGAACCACGAAAAGCAGGAGUUUGCACAUGAGCAUCCUCACCUUAAGACCCUAGAGGAGGUGGUGCACACAAUCAAACCCACCGCCAUCAUCGGAGUCGCUGCCAUCGCAGGGGCGUUCACCGAGAAGAUCAUCAGAGACAUGGCGUCUUUUAACGAGAGGCCCAUCAUCUUCGCCCUGAGUAACCCCACCAGCAAGGCCGAGUGCACGGCGGAGCAGUGCUACACGCUCACCCAGGGCAAAGGUAUCUUCGCCAGCGGGAGUCCCUUCGACAAGGUGACGCUGGCCGACGGCCGCACCUUUUAUCCCGGACAAGGAAACAACGCCUACGUCUUCCCCGGGGUGGCACUGGGGGUCAUAGCCUGCGGAGUUCGCCACAUAUCAGAUGACAUCUUCCUGACUACAGCAGAGGCCAUCGCCGACAUGGUGACGGAGGAGCACUUGGCUGAGGGACGACUCUACCCUCCUCUCAACUCCAUCAGGGAGGUGUCCUUUAAGAUUGCACUCAAGGUGGUCAACUACGCGUACACACACAACAUGGCGUCGCUGUACCCCGAGCCCAAGGACAAGGAGGCGUUUGUCCUCUCUCACAUUUACAGCCCCGACUACGACUCCUUCACGCUGGACACGUACUCCUGGCCGCAGGAAGCCAUCAAUGUACAAGAUGUGUGACGUCAUCACGUGAAGACCAAUACACCUGCUAUGCUUCUUCUGGGUACUUUUCUACUGACUCGCCAUCUUUACAGCGCAAGUGGAACAAGUGGUCUGAAAGGCAGCAAAGAAAAAAAGUGCAUUGAAUACCAUACAAACAAAUAUACACAACUACUUGUUGAUAUAAAUACCUACAACAUAAACAACCUACUGUUGAAUUAAUUAAAUACAGUACGACAAACAACUAGCUGUUGAUUUAAAUACUGAACAACAUCAACAAAUAGCUGUUGAUUUAAUUCCGUACAACAUAAACAACUAGGUGUUGGUUUAACUACUGAACAACAUAAACAACUAGAUGUUGAUUUAAUACUGAACAACAUAAACAACUAGAUGUUGAUUUAAUACUGAACAACGUAAAACUACUGAUGUUGAUUGAAUACAAUACAACAUAAACAACUAGCUGUUUGUUUAAAUACUGAACAAUAUGAACUACUAGAUGUUGAUUUAUUACAAUACGACCUAAACAAUUAGCUGUUGGUUUAAUAUGAUACAACCUAAACAACUAGCGGUUGGUUUACGUAUUGAACAACAUAAACAACUAGCUGUUGGUUUAAUAGCGUACAUCAGAAACAAUUAGCUGUUGUUGUAAAUUACGUACAACAUCAACAACUAGCUGUUGGUUUAAAUAACAUACAACACAACCAACUAGCUGUUGAUGUAAGUAUUGUACAAUAUAAACUGGCUGUUAAUGUAAGUAUUGUACAAUAUAAACAACUGGCUGUUGAUGUAAGUAUUGUAGAAUAUAAACAACUAGCUGUUGCUUGAAAUACUGUACAACCUAAACAACUAGCUGUUGGUUUAAAUACUGUACAACAUAAACAACUAGGUGUUGGUUUAACUACGGAACAACAUAAACAAAUGUUGAUUUAAUACUGAACAACAUAAACAACUAGCUGUUGGUUUAAAUACUGAACAACAUAAACUAGUAGAUGUUGAUUGAAUACAAUACAACAAAAAACCGCUGUUGGUUUAAAUACUGAACAACAUAAACUACUAGAUGUUGAUUUAAUACAAUACAACAGAAACAAUUAGCUUUUGGUUUAAUAUGAUACAACAUAAUUAGCUUUUGGUUUAAUAUGAUACAACAUAAACAACUAGCGGUUGGAUUAAAUACUGAACAAACAACUAGCUGUUGGUUUAAUAGCAUACAUCAAAAACAAUUAGCUGUUGGUGUAAAUACCGUACAACAUCAACAACUAGCUGUUGGUUUAAAUAACAUACAACACAAACAACUAGCUGUUGAUGUAAGUAUUGUACAAUAUAAACAACUGGCUGUUGAUGUAAGUAAUGUACAAUAUUAACAACCAGCUGUUGGUUUAAAUAUUGCACAACAUAAGCUGGCUGUUGGUUUAAAUACUGUACAAACAUAAACAACUAGCUGUUGGUUUAAUACAAUACAACAACAACUAGCUGUUUGUUUAAAUACUGUACAACAUAAAAAACUACCUGUUGGUUUAAAUAACAUACAACAUCAACAACUAGCUGCUGGUUUAAAUAACAUACAUCACAAACACCUAUCUGUUGAUUGAAUACCAUACAAUAUAAACAACUAGCUGUUGGUUUGAAUACGUACAACAUAAACAACUAUCUGUUGAUUUAAUACCAUACAAUAUAAACAACUAGCUGUUGGUUUGAAUACGUACAACAUAAACAAAAUUCUGUUGAUUUAAUACCAUACAAUAUAAACAACUAGCUGUUGGUUUAAAUACGUACAACAUAAACAACUAGCUGUUGAUGUAAAUAUUGUACAAUGUAAACUAGCUGUUGGUUUAAAUACUGUACAACAUAAACAACUAGCUGUUAAUUUUCCAAGGUAUUUUCCUGCUGCAAGAGCAACAUACUGGGAACCUCCAAGGUCACACUCCAUCCCAUGACCACUCCUACUUAAAGGCCCAGCGUGUUAUCGUGUUUACUGCGGUCACAUGCUAAGCUAACCGCUUGCCACUUCUACUCGAUUUUGUCAAGUUUGACAUGUUAGUGUAGUUUUGUACUGCAGGGGAGUGUGAUUGUGUGUUGUUUUUUUCUUGUCUGCCUUCAAGUUUGGGUGAAAGUGUUCGAUUUGAGUGUGACUGGUGUAAGUUUUCCAAGGGAACAUUAAACUCUAUAUUGAUAUAUA